UUUGAUGAAGAUUGCGAUGGAUUUCUGUGGCCUGAAGAAGUUUUGGAAGCUUUGGAAAAUGUCAACGCAAAACUUUUAAAUGACGCACAUUUGCGCUAUGUAUUUCGGGUACGUCAAACCAUUCUUACGAUUUCAAGCACUGGUUUUAUGAAGCAAUUUACAUGUUCUUCGCACGCAUAUGACAAAUGGCAAAACGUCACGAAAUUUGAACCAUUUCCCCAUGCAAGAACUUGCGUAUGGCUCAGAUUCUUGUGACUUCGUCUAAAAGCCGACCACAAUACAAUUUUUUGCCUAAAACUUCGCAUGCUACCUGCUUACAAGCAGUGAACUCUCUCUUUCUAUAUAUAUAGAGUUCACUGCUUACAACUUGAGUUCAGUGUUGGUAACUUGGCCUUUUUGCGGCCAAAUAACUCGAUUUUGGCUUUUUUAUUUCUUGUUUGGCCUUGAAAAAAAUGUUUGGCCUUUUGGCUCUAUUUUGGCUUUUUAUUAUGCUUUUUAUCAAUUGACAGGAAUUUUCACUAUUUUUUAGUAUAAUUUUUUGUGAAAGAAUGUUAAACCAUAAAGCAACAUGUAAGAAUGUAAGAAUUGGGUAUCGUUGACAGAGAUAACCUAAUUUUAUUCACACUCAGUAAGAUCUCAGGAAAUGCAGCCAAUCGUAAAGCUGAAAAACUAACCAAUGACAACAUGGUAGCUAUGUCUUCGCAGAGGUUUAAAAUUUAAAAUUUUGUAUCUAUCAACAUACUGCAAAGUCGAAAAUAUUGAUAAGAUUUGGCUGUUUUUUUGCUUUUUUCAAAAAAAUGAAAUUUGGCCUUAUUUAGUAGAAUUUGGCCUUUUUUUAAAGGUCAUUUGGCUUUAUGCAUGCGAGAAAGCCUACCAACCCUGCUUGAGUUGUACUGCGUAAAUCAAGCAUACAACUCACCUGCGACAACGUAUAAGCGUGUUGUGGCUUGAUUUACACAGUACAACUCAAGUUAUAAGCAGGUUGCACGCGACAGUUUUAGGCAAAAGUUGUGAGGUGCCAAUUGGCCUUAAUUCGGUAUUUAUUUCAGACUUUACUUUCUUUUUAAAGGUGUUGGAACAUUGUGACUGCCAGGCUGAUAUUGGAAUCGGCCUUCGCUUGUUCUCACUCAUUGCUGCACUGUCUCAGAGAGUCGCUUCACUUAAGUAAGUUGACAAAAGCGCUUUUUGAGUCGAUUUAAAAUUUCAUUGGGAGAUUUUAAUGGUAGGGAAUCUUGCACGCAACUUCCCAUGUAUAUUUAAAAAAUAUUUCAAAGUUCAUAUUUAAAAAAACAAACCAAAAACGUUAGUGCCACAGCUUUCAAAAUACAGGCUCCAAAUUUUAGGAACCAAUUUUAUUUGCCGUAUUCAAAGAGUGCAGCAUCAAAUUUUAAUAAAUUCUAUAGCGACAACAAUCAUGCUAUAUAUCACAUUUUAAUUUAACAAAAAUUUUGUUUUUAUUUCAUCAUAAAUUUAGUGACAAAAUGAAGAAGCUUAUUACCAAAUGUGACUUCAAGACACUAGACUGUACCUUAGAACGAGUGAAG